AUGGAGGCAUUGGGAUGCGGGACUCUCCUCCUCACUGCUCUGCUGUGUCUUAUAAUUCUUUAUUUUAUCUGGAAUCAGAUGUACAUUAGGCAACGGCUUCCUCCAGGUCCUUCCCCCCUCCCACUGAUUGGGAACCUGCUACAGCUCAGGAAUGGAGACAUGGCAAACACUCUCAUGGAGCUGGGUAAGCAAUAUGGCUCCAUUUACACCUUCUACUUUGGGCCGCACCCUGUGGUCAUAUUUUGCGGCUAUGAUGCAGUGAAGGAAGCACUGGUAGAUCAUGGAGAAGACUUUACAGGACGAGGAAGACAGCCAACAGUAGACAGAGUCUUCCAAGGAUACGGUUUAAUGGCUAGUGAAGGCAAUCGUUGGAGGCAACUUAGACGCUUUUCUCUGUCAACACUGAGAAAUUUUGGUUUAGGAAAGCGCAGCAUUGAAGUACGUAUUAAGGAGGAAUGUGACUAUCUAGUGGAGGAAAUCAAAACACACAAAGGACUCCAGUUUGAUCCAGCCAUCAUGAUCACUAAAGCCGUAGCAAAUGUAAUCUGCUCUAUUGUGUUUGGAAGUCGCUUCCAGUAUGACGAUGCCAAGUUCCAUAGGAUGCUGAGUAUCUUCUAUGAAACAUUUGAGCUCAUGAGCUCCACCUGGGGGCAGGUACAAGACAUGAUCCCCAUGAUAAUGAACCACAUCCCCGGCCCUCACCAGAAAAUUACUACACUGCUGGAGGAGCUGAAUGAUUUUGUAGCUGAGAGAGUGAAGAUCAACAAGGAGUCACUGGACCCAAAUGAGCCCAGAGAUUACAUUGACUGCUUCCUUAUCAAAAUGCAGCAGGAAAAGGAUAAUCCUGACUCAGAAUUCAACACGAAGAAUUUAAUUCUGACUCUUAACAACCUGUUUUUUGCUGGUGGGGAAACUGUGGCUACAACUCUGAAACAUGGAUUCCUCAUACUUCUGAAGUACCCCGAUAUACAAGCUAGAGUCCAGGAGGAGAUUGAUCGUGUGAUUGGGCAGGAGCGAGAACCACAUAUUGAGGCCCGGAGCAAGAUGCCAUAUACUGAGGCCGUAAUCCAUGAGAUCCAAAGAUUUAGCAAUGUGAUCCCUAUGAAUGCUCCCCAUUCGGCUAUCAAAGAGACUACGUUUAGAGGUUACACUAUUCCAAAGGGUACUGGAGUCUGUGCCUUGCUGUGCUCUGUUCUCGGGGACCCUAAUUAUUUUGCCACCCCUCGUAAAUUCAACCCAAACCACUUUUUGGACUCUGAUGGACAGUUCCAGCGAAAUGAAGCCUUCAUGCCAUUUUCUAUAGGGAAAAGGAUGUGUCUUGGGGAAGGCUUGGCUCGUACAGAACUUUUUUUAUUCCUUACCACCAUCUUACAGAAAUUUACACUGACUUCAGAAACCCAGUUCUCAGAGUCUGACAUCUACCCUAGGAUGACUGGCUUUGCCAAUGUACCCAUCCCAUAUAAGAUAGCAUUUGUACAACGCUGAGUGUCUUUUAUUGCUUUUUAUUUUUUUUAAUCUGUA